AUGUUCCGAGAGCCUGAAGAGAUUGCUGCAGAUCAAGCAGCGGCAAAGCUCGAUCAAAUCGCAGCUACAAGACGAUCCACCAUUCGUCGCGAAUCCACCGCGCGACCCGGCCGAUAUUCCUCAUCGCGCUCACUAAUAGAUCGCAUACGCGAUAGUCGUCGAGAGAUCGCACAUGAGCAAAGAAAUACUACUUUCCCUUCGCGCCAGCAACGUGAGGCUGAGCGCGAAUUUUUUGAUCUCGAUGCCGAACUGGAGCGCCUUCGUUCCCUCCGCCAGAGACAUCGCGCUCGUACCAAUCAAUUAGACCGCGAAUUGGCGAGGAGGAACAACAAUGACCACAUCCCCCCGGAGCCGGAACCGCGGCAUGAUCUGGAUCUCGAGCUCCUGAGCCGAUUACGUGCCAAUGUUGGUCAUGUUUCAUUGGACGACGUAAAUUCCAACUUUGGCAUCGAAGUUCUGUUGUCCGACUCUCAUGAUACCAUCGCUCAACAUCUCCCUCGCCCUUCUCGAGAAUCGGGCCUUAGAUUCGAGGUCGCGGCAACCCCACAAUCGGAGUCAGAACCGCCUCGCCGCACACGAUUCCACAGUGCUCGCGCCACGCGGGUCUCCAGUCCCGCUGGCGGUACACGAGUUGGCAUCGCGGGAUCGCCUUGGUCGCUCGCGGUCCAGCGAGCUGGGUUCGACGAUGGAGACGAUGACGACAAUGAAAACGCCACACUGACCCCCGGCUUUGCCCCGGCGCAUGGUGCUUUUCGUGCCGCAUCCCAACCUUUGGAUGACAGAUCCCGAAGAUCGGAAGCCAAUCCCGGAGAUGGAUUAAUGGAUACACCACCGCCGGAAAGUUUGGAGGCGUCAUACCCCCCUCUCCGACGUGUGAGCCACAUGUCCCCGCGCCCACUUGGUGUAUCAGGCUCACGAGUUGAUGGACUUGGAGAUCGACUUCGAAGUCCAAGCCCAACAUCUGACACGCCCGAGGAAGAAAAUUGGGCUACUUUGUUAAACACCAUGGAACCUGGACGAUCUAGUACAGCCACUUCCUUUUUGUCCUCACGGCCCGAUUCGCGGUCGGGCUCCAAUCGCUCAUCCCAAGCGACCACGGUGGCCACGAGCUUCGGAGAGAUUGGGGCCGACGAUUCAUGCGAUUUGGACCUUCCUUCAGGUAUUACCGAGGAGCAAGUGCGACAGAUUCGUGAACGCCAUGGCAGGUUACGGCGAGAGCCUGUUCCAAGACCCGAUGAGUCGGUUCCUGAAGCAAUUCAGAGAGAUCUUGCGCGUGGAAAUGAGAGAAUGCUUGAAUUGGAAGUUUUUGGAGUCAUCCUGGAGAGGAUGCAAAGAAGGGAAGAGAUCCCAGAUGAAUGGUGGGCGGCGGUCGGCCUUUCACCCGAUGUUGUUCGGGGAAGUGCUUAA